AUAACAACGAUGUUUACUGAAGUGCCCAUUGGCUCUUGCUGAUGCAAAGUGGACGUGCUUGUCCCCUUUACCCAUGAAGCCCAGGGAGAUGAGUGCCAGGGGCCACCUGGCUGGAGAGAGGAGCUGGUCUGGAACCAACCCUGCACGCUCACUCCACCCAUGUGGCCUGCGGGCUGCCUCAUGAACGCUGCUUUACCCUCCCUCACAUUGUCUCCCCAGACCGUGGCUGGCAAAGCACACAGGCUCAGUGCUGAGGAGAGGGACCAGCUGCUGCCAAACCUGAGGGCCGUGGGGUGGAACGAGCUGGAAGGCCGAGAUGCCAUCUUCAAGCAGUUCCAUUUCAAAGACUUCAACCGGGCUUUUGGCUUCAUGACAAGGGUGGCCCUGCAGGCUGAGAAGCUGGACCACCAUCCUGAAUGGUUUAACGUGUACAACAAGGUCCACAUCACCCUGAGCACCCAUGAGUGUGCAGGCCUGUCGGAACGGGACAUAAACCUGGCCAGCUUCAUCGAACAAGUAGCCGCGUCCAUGACCUAGACCCUGCCUUGCCUCGUUGAAUUCUUCAGGGGAAGGGGUGACUGAUCUGGAAAUCCAGAGAGAGAACGGGAGCCCCCCAAAUGCUGCUGUAGUCAAAAUUGCUAUGUCCACCUUGCUGCCUCCAUUUAGGGGCGAGUCCUUGCUGUGAGGAGAGAUGCCAGCGUCACUGCCAACACCAAGAACUUGGACUGUUUUCCCCCACACUGUGCUCUUCAUCUUGGGGCCCUAUAGAAGGUGCCCUCGUUUGAAUAAGAUCUUCCCAUUCCUUACAGCUUCCCAGCAACAGAAAUGACUUUCUCUCCAGGCCAUAUCUUGCUCCCUUUCUAAUUAAUUUCCCAAGAAGCUGUGAUAGGAGCUGUGUCUAAGACAGACAGAAUCUUAGAAACCAGAACCUUAAUGCCAACCCCCUCCUAUGUGAUAGAAAUGCAUGCUUUUAUGCCUCAAAUAAAACUUGUUUCACUUGGCCGCAGGCUA